UCCGCCUUUUCCAUUUCCACCACCACAACCCCUUGUUUCGCCCACUUUGGAGGGUAAUUGUCAGUCAACUGUUUAAACAGUAGACUGUUUGCUGCACGCGUUGUCCCGGAACAGACAGCACAGCGUACGCCCGUCGCCAGUCCCGCCAGUGCAAGCGCUUCUUUCGUGGCCCAUACCCGACAUCCUCUUUUGCUUUUUACCAUCCGCUCCCUCGUCCUCACCACCCUUUUCCCUUCUGAUUCACACCUACUCGUUGACGACUGUGACGCUGCGUCGCCUCCUCCAGCUGUCGUCGUCUACCUAAUCCACCUCCUAUCCCUCAACUCCCUUUCACUAAUCCCUCCUAAUCAAAAAUGGGCGCAUGCAUGUCAUCCGCGGGUCCCGUCACCCCGGAGGAAGAACAGGCACAGCGGGUCAACAAGCAGAUCGACCGGGACCUGAAGGAGAAACAAGCGGAGAUGGCAAAGGAGGUCAAGGUCCUCCUUCUGGGGUCAGGCGAUUCGGGCAAAUCCACGAUUCUGAAGCAAAUGCGCCUCAUCCAUCGGGUACCGUUCACGGACAACGAGAUAGAGAGUUUUCGCCAGCUCGUGUUCCAAAACCUACUCGAGGGCAUGCGACUGCUACUUGAGGCUGCAGAGCUGCUAGACAUCAAGAUUGGGCCUGAACAACAGGACAACAUAGCGAUGAUUGAGCAUGCUGCGGACUUGAGAGACGACCAGGCGUUCCCACCGGAGUAUCUGGAGCCGUUACAUACAUUGUGGAACGAUUCGAACAUCCAGAAGACGUAUGAGCGGGGUAACGAGGUUGCCCUUCCUGAAAACUUACAAUACUUCUACGCUGACCUCCCUCGCCUUUUCGCCGUCGACUUCAAGCCCACAGAGCAGGAUAUAAUUCGCUGCCGAGCGCGCACGAUCGGUAUCCAGCAAACGCAGUUCAAGCUUAAGGGCCACACGCUGCACAUGAUCGACGUCGGUGGCCAGAAGAGCGAGAGAAGGAAAUGGAUACAUUGUUUCCAGGAUGUGACGACGAUCUUGUUCUUGGUAAGUUUAAGCGGGUACGAUCAGUGCUUGGUCGAGGAUAAGGAUGCGAACCAAAUGCUCGACGCUAUGGCUAUUUGGGACUCGAUCUGCCAUUCGCAAUGGUUCAAGCAGACAUCACUCAUCCUCUUCCUGAACAAGGUCGACCUGUUCGAGGAGAAGGUCAAGACAUCGCCCAUCAAGACAUUCUUUGCCGACUAUGAGGGUCCAGAUGGGGACGCUGAGGCUGGUAAGGAGUACUUUAAGAAGCGCUUCGUAAAGCUCUCAGUGAAGAGCAACCGGGUCAAGGAGCGGGAGAUCUAUACACACUUCACUAACGCAACUGAUACCGAGCUGCUACGAGUUGUUAUGGCCGCUGUUGAAGGUACCGUUCUACGAACGAAUCUUUCCAAGGCCGCCCUCAUCUGAACUCGCCUACCCGGUUUCCCCCCCGGCCCUCAUCUCCGUCUCCGUCUUCCAUUUCAGUCUGUACCAACAUCCCCGCCACCCCGUUCGGCACCCUUCUUUCUUUUGGCUGUCGGCCCGCGCAAUCGGGCCCGUAUCCCGCAUUUAUUCCCUGGCUUCCGCGCUUACCACAACCUCUGCUGCGGCAUCUCUUUGGAUUUGGCACCCUCCUUUGAUUAUUCCACAUUUAUGCCUGUCGUGUUGCGUAACGUAAUGGUCUCACGAGUCCGUUUUUCCUAUCUUUAUCUCAUGCAACAACGACAUUCCCAAAUACUCUCGUUUGCUCUGCCCUGCCCCGCGCUCGAAUUUCCGUGCUUCCCAUCGCGCACAUCAUCCAGCAUGAUUGUGACCAAGAAUAUGCGCGGCAUUCUUCUCUGAUUACCGUCCGGGCCGCACGUGUCAGGCAUGGGCAAGACCGUCAUACCGUCGUCCCUGGAUCCUGGAAAGAACCCUGUCGAACCCCUAUCUCCCACCAUUGUCAACCGUCACUCCUUGCAUUCCCAUCUUCCUUUUUGCAUUCUCUUUUCCCACCUUGUUACGGUCCGUCAGCAUUAUAUGCACGCGGUCCGGCGAGGAGGCAGUGGUUACCAUGUUGAAGUGGACGAUCUUCCCGCUGAUGCUGGCCCUUGAGGCUCUUUCAUUUUUCCCAUGUUCACAGUCUGGUACGUGCGAUCACCUGUCUCUUUGUUUCACGCCACUGUCCGUGCCACACCUUAUGACCUCGUCCCGAUCCCAUCUCUUCCAUGCGCUGCGUCGGUGUAUUUAUAUAGGCUUGUUAUGGGCUAUCCAUCUUGUGUCGAU